UCUCACGUCUCACCCUCUGUCUCUCUCCCUCCUCCUUCCCACAUUUAUGUUCUCAUUUCUCUUCUCUAAUUGUUCUUCAUAAGAAGGUUUUGUUUGGUGGUGGCCACAGAGCAUGGGCUCCCUAAUUUUGUGGUGGACUCUUAUUGUUCAAAUGCUGUCAUUUUUUUGUUGGAGCAGUGGAGCAGGACCUUUGUGUUGCUCAGACCCUCCAAUCCUUGAUCCACACAGUGGAGCAGGCCAUGUCGAGAAACUUGGUGGCCUUCCCACCUAUGUCAUCGGUUCUCCCUACUCUAAGCAUGGUGCUGUUCUUAUUUCAGAUGUAUAUGGAUAUCAAGCUCCAAACUUAAGGAAAGUGGCCGACAAAGUCGUAGCUGCUAGAUUCUUUGUGGUCGUUCCUGACUUCUUGAAGGGGGAUCCUUUUAUUCGUGCAGAUACUAAAAGGCCUAUGAGCGUUUGGAUUAAAGAUCAUAGCACGGACGAGGGAUUUGAAUUUGCCAAAGUAGUGAUUCAAGAUUUGAAAAAUAGAGGCUAUUCUGCAAUAGGUGCUGCAGGCUUUUGUUGGGGUGCCAAGGCUGCAAUUCAACUCGCAAAGUGCGACUCUAUUAAGGCUGCUGCCCUCUUACAUCAUUCUUACAUCACUGUGGAUGACAUCAAAGAGGUUAAGGUUCCAUUGGUAGUACUUGGAGCAGAGUUUGACCAUCCAGAGAUCGUCAAAAAAUUUGAGGAGCUCUGGAUUCUGACCAGUUAA